AUGCCGCCCAAGCAGGACUGGGAGAAGUAUACAAAGCCCGACGCGGAAACGAAGGAGGAGGAUAAGAUCGUGCCGCUGGAUGAGGGAGAUAUUCAGCUCUUGCGCACCUACGGCCAGGGGCCGUACACGGGCGCGCUCAAGACGAUCGACUCGGAGAUCAAAGAGGUGGAAAAGCGCGUGAACGAAAAGAUGGGCGUCAAGGAGAGCGAUACAGGUCUCGCGCCCCCGGACCUGUGGGAUAUCGCUGCGGAUAAGCAGCGCAUGAGCGAGGAGCAGCCGCUCCAGGUCGCACGGUGCACCAAGAUCAUCAAGGCCGACGAGGAGCACGCCGAGGCCGAACAGAACGACACGGGCAUCGGCGCGCUCGACAAUGUGCUCGGUGCGCUGGGGGGUAUGGGCGCGAUGCCGGGCUCGCGCUCGGCAGAGGGCAAGGACAAGUACGUGAUCAACGUCAAGCAGAUCGCCAAGUUUGUCGUGGCCCUCGGCGAGCGCGUCGCGCCGACCGACAUUGAAGAGGGGAUGCGUGUGGGUGUCGACCGCAACAAGUACCAGAUCCAGAUCCCGCUCCCGCCCAAGAUCGACCCGACGGUGACCAUGAUGCAGGUCGAGGAGAAGCCGGACGUGACGUACAGCGACGUCGGUGGAUGCAAGGAGCAGAUCGAGAAGCUGCGCGAGGUCGUCGAGACGCCGCUCCUCUCGCCGGAACGCUUUGUCAAGCUCGGCAUCGACCCGCCCAAGGGCGUGCUCCUCUUUGGGCCGCCGGGUACCGGCAAGACGCUCUGUGCACGUGCGGUGGCGAACCGCACGGACGCCACCUUUAUCCGCGUCAUUGGCUCAGAGCUGGUGCAAAAGUACGUGGGCGAGGGCGCGCGUAUGGUGCGCGAGCUCUUUGAGCUUGCGCGCACGAAAAAGGCGUGCAUCAUCUUCUUUGACGAGAUCGAUGCGGUCGGCGGUAUGCGCUUCGACGACGGCGCGGGUGGCGACAACGAAGUGCAGCGGACGAUGCUCGAGCUGAUCAACCAGCUCGACGGUUUCGAUGCGCGUGGCAAUAUCAAGGUGCUCAUGGCGACCAACCGGCCGGACACGCUCGACCCGGCGCUCCUCCGCCCGGGCCGCCUCGACCGCCGCGUCGAGUUCGGCCUGCCGGACAAUGAGGGCCGUGCGCAUAUUCUGCGCAUCCACGCGCGGUCCAUGUCGGUCGAGCGGAAUAUCCGCUUUGAUCUGAUCGCGCGACUCUGCCCAAACACGACCGGUGCCGAACUGCGCAGCGUCGCGACCGAGGCGGGCAUGUUUGCCAUUCGUGCCCACCGCAAGGUCGCGACCGAAAAGGACUUUUUGACGGCCGUCGAAAAGGUCGUGCGCCAGGGCAGCAAGUUCUCCAGCACGUCGCUCUACGCCCAGUACAAUUAG